ACCAAUUAGUUGAAGAUAGAUCAAGCUCUAUACUCGUAAUUAAAACCCAUCUACCUUAAGAGUCCAAAGGCCUUCCUACUUUCAAUCAUCUAGCCAGCAUAUCAUGGGUGUAAUCACUUAUACAGACGACUUAACUUCCCCAAUCCCUCCAUCCAGAUUGUUCAAAGCCUUGGUCCUUGAUUCUCACAACCUCAUCCCAAAACUCAUGCCUCAAGCUAUCAAGAGCAUUGAUUUCAUUCAAGGCAAUGGAGGGCCCGGUAGCAUCAGACAGGUCAAUUUCGCUGAAGGUAGCCCUAUCAGCUCCAUUAAGAAUCGAAUUGAUGAGGUAAACGAAGAGAGCUACUACUACAAGUAUACAGUAAUCGAAGGUGAUGCGUUGGCGGAGAAGCUGGAAUUCAUUGUUCAUGAGGUCCAAUUUGAACCAACGCCAGAGGGUGGCAGUAAAAAUAAGAUGACAACAAACUAUCAUACCAAGGGUGACAUUUUGUUCACGGAAGAGGAAAUCAAGGCUGGCAAGGAAAAGGUCCUGGGCAUGUACAAAGUUGCGGAAGCCUACUUGCUCCAAAACCCCGAUGCCUAUGCUUAAUUAUCGCUUUUAUAUUUUUCUUAAAUGAGUAUUGCUGAUCGAUCUUCAACAAGCAAUCUCUUAAAGAUAUCUACCUCUGCUUGAUGGUGUAGUUUAUGCUUUUGUGCGUCUGUCUGUAAUGGCCUGGAUAUAGCCAGCUGCGUGAUAAUAAUUCUGGCUUUUGUGCGUCUGUCUGUAGUCUAUGCUUUUGGGAGAGGAGUUCAUGUACUGUUUCUUUCUGCUUCUUCAAAUAAAGACACUCUCAUAAAACAAUGAAGUCUGGCUUUGAUGUUGGGCAAAA